CCUGCCACUCGAUCGCACCCUCCACGUGUGUCGCUCUCACUCACUCUCUGACUCGGGCCGUUUGGAUCGUCGCCGCCGCUCGUCGUCGCCCACGAUGCCGGGCCACGUCGGCCUCUGCCUCCUCUGCCUCGCGGCCGUCGCUCACGCGGUCCGUCCCACGCCACCUUCCCUCAGGGUCAUCAUCCCGGAAAAAACAGCCCAACCGAUCGAACUGGAAGGUGUGGUCGGCAGGUCAGUGCGUCUUCCGUGCAACGUAACGCCCGUCGGCCCCGACAGGGUCUACAUGGUGCUUUGGUUCAGGGACGAGUCGGGAAUUCCGAUUUACAGUUACGACGUAAGGGGAAAGUCGCUGAGCGAAGCACUUCACUGGUCGGCGCCUGAGGUGUUCGGCAGCAGGGCCAAAUUCCACGUCGUGGCGUCGCCAGCACAGCUGUUGGUCGAGGAUUUGCGGGAGCACGAUGAGGGCAUCUACCGCUGUCGGGUCGACUUCAAGCACUCGCCGAGCAGAUCCUUCCGCUAUAAGCUCUCCAUCACAGUGCCGCCGGAAAAACCGGUCAUUUUCGAUUCGAAAAACCGCCAGCUCAACUACACGCUCGGUCCGCUGCGCGAGGGAGAAGAUGUCGUGCUUACCUGCAGGGUCAAAGGAGGCCGUCCUGAGCCGACGGUGACGUGGUUGGUCGGCGGGAAUUUGGUGGACGAGCAGAGCGAGAGCAGCAACCCCUACAUGGUGGAAAACAAACUGGUUUGGCCUGCGGUGGCCAGACACGACCUCGGAUCAUCCUUCACCUGCAGAGCUGUCAACUCCAAGCUAGUCGACCCGCGGGACACCAAUCUCAAGCUUGAUCUUUAUUUGAAUCCGCUGACGGUGCACAUAAAUAAAAAACCGAAUCCCCUGAAAGCGGAGCAAAAGUAUGAGGUCUCCUGUACGUCUGCGGGCUCGAGGCCUUCAGCUGUGAUUACCUGGUACAAAGGCAAGAAGCAGCUCUUGCGCAGAGUGAAGGACGAGAACAGCAGCAACCUGACACUCAGCGAAAUGGUCUUCACGCCGACAACCGACGACGACGGGAAACACGUGACCUGCCGCGCGGAGAAUCCGAACGUGACCGGUGCUUACAUGGAGGAUACGUGGCGAAUCGAAGUCGUUUACCCUCCAAUCUUGCUGUUAAAACUGGGCAGCACGCUGAACCCUGACGACAUCAAGGAAGGCGAUGAUGUUUACUUUGAGUGCCACGUCAGAGCGAAUCCUCCAUGGCGGAAAUUGAAUUGGCUCCACAACGGAUUGCUUCUUACGCACAACACGUCGGCAAGGAUUAUCCGCAGCAAUCAGAGUCUGGUGCUGCAAAAGGUCACACGGCAGAGCGCUGGAAAAUAUGCGUGUGCUGCUAGCAACACUGAAGGGGAAGGGACGAGCAAUGAACUCGACUUUCGAGUGAAAUAUGCACCCGUGUGCCGCCAAGAGAAAAUCCUGGUGGUCGGUGCCUCGCGUGGAGAAACGCUGGACAUCAAGUGCGAGGUCGAGUCGGAUCCACCCGUCGUCCACUUCCGGUGGAAGUUCAACAACUCUGGGGAGACGCUGGACGUGUCCCCAGAGCGCUUUUACUCAGAUGGCCCGUCAUCGAGCGUGCUGCGCUACACGACGGCCUCCGAGUUGGACUACGGCUCGCUCUCCUGCUGGGCGGUAAACGCCGUUGGACAUCAAGUCGCACCUUGUGUUUUCCAGGUGGUGGCAGCGGGGAAGCCGUUUCCAGUGCGUAAUUGCACGUUCUUCAAUCAGACAUCUUCUUCCGUGGAGGUGGCAUGCACCGCCGGCUUCGAUGGCGGCCUCCCGCAGCAUUUUGCUUUGGAGCUUGUGGCCGUCGGCGGCGGUCUGCGCUACAACAUCACCUCCGAACAACCCUUUUUCGUCCUCGCUGACCUUGAGCCCGGGAUCACUUUCCAGUUGUCUGUUUACGCAGUCAACGCUAAGGGCCGGUCGCAGCCCACUGUCCUUGACGAAAUCAGCUUCCGCGACUCUGACAGACACACUGUUAGCAGUGCGGCCAUCUCUUUGUCUCCGAUCGUGGGGGUUGGCACGGGGGUAGCGUUUACCCUUGUGGCCCUUUUCCUGUUGCUUGGCAUCAAGUCCCGAAGGGCCUGCUCGUCGCCCUCCAACCAGCCAAUGACGGCGUCGCCACCAAAAAAGCGGUCCAACGGAAACCAGCACCAGCCCAAAGACCCUGACAUGUACGAAGAGAAAGAUCCUGACCUCAUUCCUGCCAAGUACCUGGUGAUUGGUUCGGACCACGAGCGAGAAGUUGGGACCUCAAUUAACAAUGGUGUUGUUCAGCUGCAAGAUCACCAAAAAUUCAAACCAUGGCCAUCGAUUUCGCCAAAAGUAACAUCGCCUGUGCUGUCCCCUUCGCUGAUGAUUUACAAAUCACAAAAAUUCCAGUCUGCAACGCGGCAGGUAGUUGGCAGCGCAUCGUGGGGCAACGAUCCACUCAGGCUGCCUUCGCCAGGCAGCACAGCAGCAGCCCAGCAGGCCCAACAGCAGGGCCCGUCGACAGACGUCGAGUUAAAUGGGGUUUUCAUCAAAGAAAGACUGAUGGCCAACAGAUUGCCAGAGAGCUGCGUCUAAAAAGUCAGCACGCAGGAACCAGAGACGAAUUGAGUGUGUUGAACUGAAAAGACAAAUUUUCUUCAUCCUUGACAACUGAUUGCGGACCUUCAGAUACAAUGUUUUUAUCGCAAACUGAUCUCUGUUCACUAUGUAGUUAUAUAGGUGGAUAUAGGAAGAUAGCCAUAUCACUUGGUUCGAUUUUGCUCAAGGGGUGGACAUAUCGUUUUGCAUUUACUCGGGAGUGACAAUGAAACCCAGGUUGAAAAAGUGACGCGACCGAAAUUAUUUCCACAUAUCGUUGAGCACCAAAUUAUAGUUUCUUGCUCGUUUUAUUGGAGCUCGAUAGUGGAGAACUUCAAUCCCCUAUUAUGUUGAGGUCCAUCAAUGAAUUUAAUGAGUGCCUCAAUUAAUUUCUAGAACAAAAUGUUAGAAUCCCAUUACAGCAGUGAGUUCCUUUCAAUGAUAUCAUAAAUUUCAAAUAUAUCUUAAUUGGUCUAUGUACAGCAGACGUCAACUUUAAUAAUAUGAAUUUUUUACAAACAUACUCUCAUAUCAAAACCAUUGUUGAAACAGCGACGAUUAUAUUAUCAUCAUUUUUCUCUGCAGCCAAUUGUCAGAAUGCAGAUCAAACGCAGUGUAAAAAUUUCCAAACGCAAAUGUAAUUAAUCCCUCCUCCCGAAACUUUCCCCGCUGGCAUUUUCCUUGUAAAAAGCGAAACUAUCUACGGUGCAUAUCCCUGAAAUAUCUCUUUUCAUGAAGAACAUGAGAUUAUGUCCUGUCAUACGAUUUACACUGAGAUGACGUGAGAAGAUGGAAAAAAUAUAAUACUGUUUGUUAAUAUCUCAUCAAUGUGACUGACUGUAAUAAUAUUUAUUAUGUAACACACAAUAAUUAUAAUUCCACUAUGAGAAUAAUACAGAAAUUAAAUAUUUAAGGCGCUCUUGUGAUACGAUUUUGUCAUGAUUUUCACGUUGUUGUUUUAUUGUUGGAGUAUAAUAGUUGGAAAAAUGUGUGACCGCGCAGGGACAAAAUAAACGAGAAAUUGGAAGUUUUAAAUGAACGUGUGCAAAAGGUAAAUGAUGAUUGAAAUUGGAAGGGAGAGUGAAAUAUGUCUUCAUGUACAACAGAGAAAUAAAGACAGACUACAAUAUAA